UCGUCACAGUCAUAUCUCAGCCAGUCAAUAACUCCAGGUGGUCUAGCUAAGAGAACUGCGGACUAGUACUAAUACCAAUCUUCCUACCAAUCCACGCAUGCCUGCCCAGAGUGUAAUUUGUAGGAAUUGUUGUAGGGGUGUGUUGGUGGUAGAAUUAGCGUUAACCAGGGCCGCGGCGAGGACGCUUCUAUCAUGUAUUAAUUAUUGGCAUUGUUAUUGUAAAUUUUAUGGUGUGGAUUUUAAAAUAAAAACAGUGGAGCUGAAUGGAAAGGAGGUAAAACUACAAAUAUGGGAUACAUAUGGCGGCGAGAGAUUUCGUACAAUUACUACUUCCUAUUUCAGAGGUACAGCAGGGAUCAUAAUGGUGUAUGACAUGACAGACGAGAAGUCAUUUGAGCACAUUAGUAGCAAUUGGCUACACAACGUUCAGGAAAACACAAGUGAAGAUGUUCAAAAGGUGUUGCUUGCAAACAAAUGUGACCUGGACGACCAACAGAUGGUGAGCAAGGAGAAGGGGGAAUCGUUUGCACAAGAAAAUGGCAUGAGGUUUUUUGAGACAAGUGCAAAGACAAACAUCAAUGUAGAUACUGCUGUCUUGACAUUAGUAGAAGACAUUAUCGAAAAGAAUCCAACGGCCGGCCUAUCACGAAAAACAGUUGACCCUGCGAAAAACAGUAAUAAAGAAAAGAGUAAAUGUUGUUGUUGAUGUUUUCCCAUCCUCCUCACAUGGUUAAAUAAACAUCAGUGUAGUAACAUUGUUUCUUAGCCUACAUUGACUUCAAAUUUGAUCAGUAACUGCAUCUUGCCAUGUUGAUUUUAUGAAUACAUUCUCUACCUCAGGUCUACAGUAUUAGCUAAUAAGAAAACACAUAGUAAAUGCUUCAGACUUGGAGUAUUAUCCACUCAGAAAAAAGAUAUUCACAGAUGAAUUUGCAUAAUCUACUCUAACCGGUAUUACAACCAUGUGUCGAUAAUAAACAAUGAGAUAAGGUUAUGUUUUUAUUAUAUAAUAAUGCAAGAUUUUGUUUUGAGUUAACCAGGAUGUACAGUAAAAUAUAUAUUGUAUGUAAGAUUUAGAAAUAUACAUUUUAUAUGAAUAUUCAGUAUUAUCCAAUAUUAUAAUUAUUUGCAUGUUCCAUACAGAUUAGGAGUAUCAAGUAAAGGAAGAUUAAAAUGUAAGACUUUUCAAACCUGUACAUGAAAUAACUUCAGUCUAUAUAAAAUCAGAUACCUGAUAAAAGGUUUAAAGUGUUAAAACCACCGAUAUAUAAAAUUACUAAAAUAUUAUAUUCUAAUUUUAUCAUGCUACUGUGUAUUGUAUGAACUAGCAAAUUUUUAAUAUAGAAGAACC